CACCAAUUCAGUGUCGCUAUGCAUCUCUGUGAGUUAGUUGUUUGUCAUACCUUUCCCUGCAGCCGACUGGCACGAAAAAAUAUUGAAUUUCAAUGGAAUGAGAAGGGUUCUUCCUUAAAAUUUGUGAGGAAACGUCGUUCCUAUUCAUAAUUAAAUAGGUUUUACUAUUCCAAGUAUUUUUCAUUGUGUCUUGUGUUUUAAUGUUAUUCGUUAUUGUAAAUACUGUACAGUGAUUCCGAUUUUGAAGUUAUUUAAAACAAGAAAAAAGAAAUUGUAUUCUUAGUUAAGUGAGAAGUGUUAUACUUUGCUCGGAUGUUUACUUCAGGGACAGAAACUUCUCUCAAUGACGAUUCUUAUCAUCACAGGCAGGUGGAUAUAAGUUGCAAUGAAGCGUAGGAUUGAAGAACCAGUCCCGAAAGUGGAGGGUCUUCCUCAGCAUCAAAUUCAAAGGUCUCCUCACACAGGUACUAGUGUUGUACAAACAAGUUUCGGAACGUCGUCUCAAACACUGAAAGGUGCCAGCACCGGUGAAGUCGGGUCUUUACAGCAGCAAUAUCCUAUACAAUCAUAUGUCACAAUGCCUUCUAUUACAACAAGUAUCAAGCCGCAAUCGUCAGUAUUGCCCGUCAGCGGCAGCAGUACUGCUAGUGGCGGUCCUGGUAUCCUUGUGCAGCAGCCUCAUAUUAGGCAAAAUAAAGUAACUACGCCUGGAAGUGGCCCUCCUAACACUAGUAGCGCAGCGGCCACAGUCAGCGCCAGCAAUAAUCAGCAACAGUUUCAGCGGUUGAAAGUUGAAGAUGCGCUCUCCUAUUUGGAUCAAGUGAAGUACAAGUUCAACAAUCAACCUCAAGUCUAUAAUGACUUUCUGGAAAUAAUGAAGGAAUUUAAGUCCCAGUGUAUUGACACUCCUGGUGUAAUAACUCGGGUUUCGAAUCUCUUCAAAGGAUAUCCUGAACUCAUUUCUGGAUUCAAUACUUUCCUCCCUCCUGGAUACAAGAUUGAAGUUCAAGCAAACGAUACUGGAUAUUCUUUGCAAGUAUCAGUUUCGAACCCAUUGGGGCAUCAUACCAUGACUGAAAUUCCUCCUUUGACACCGACCCAACCACCCAGUGUUGUAGUGACAAAUCAACAGUCUAAAGUACCUCCAGCAGUGUAUGGGACAUCUACUGGAAUAUUGGCCAACAGUAGUAGCAAGGCUAUUCCUGAGCGAGGGGCUAGUGGAGGUGCAAGCGCUCUCCAAGUUCUUGGGUCUAGUAACCUUCCUCCGUCACAACCAACUAAUCAUCAGUCUACUACGAACCAACCGGUUGAAUUCAACCAUGCCAUCAAUUAUGUCAACAAAAUUAAAAACCGUUUUCAAGGACAACCUGACAAAUACAAGAAAUUUCUUGAAAUACUGCACACUUACCAAAAGGAGCAGAGAAAUGUUAAAGAGACAAGUGGGAACGCUGGUGGAGGCGGCAAACAUCUAACCGAAGCGGAAGUUUACUCCCAGGUAGCCCAGCUUUUCGAAAAUCAUGAUGAUCUUCUUGCAGAGUUUGGGCAGUUUCUGCCUGAUGCUACAUCCCAUAAUUCACUCUCGUUAGCAAACUUGGGCAACAAGAUUUCUGAUAGAGUGAAGUCUACCCAGGGAGGAAAGUAUCACCACCAUCAUCAUCAUACCGGUAGCAACGCAGGCUCGACGACGAACAACAAGAAUUCCCCUCCGACCGCUAAACCCAACCUGGGGAUUGGUAGUAAAAGAUCUGCCACAGAGCUAUAUUCACCUUCAGUUCCUCCUUUAACUACUACUGCUUCUACGAUAAAGAGGCAGAAGUUGCAGUCUUCUUCUGCUCCUGGUUCUAAUGCUAAUAUUCCCUCACUUGCCAACCACACAUAUUCUGAACAGUUUGUGCAGUUGAAGAAAUGCCUAAGGAGUACUGGAGCCUAUGAAUCAGUCCUAAAGUGCGUGUACCUCUAUAACUGUGAAGUCAUUUCUCGGAGUGAAUUAAUCAUUCUCCUAACACCAUUGCUUCUCAAACACCCUGAACAUCUAUCAUGGCUAAAAGAAACACUCGGGGUUACUGGUGAUGUUCUUGCGAGUCCGGCUUCGCCUACCCUUUCCGAUCCCCCAGCAAUUGCUCCACCUUUGCACCUAGCUCCUAGUGAAUCAACGACGAGUGAUAUUGAUUUUACAACAUGCAAAAGGAUUGGAGCAAGUUACUGUGCUUUACCCAAAGGAUCAGCUCCUCCCAGAUGUUCUGGAAGAACUCAGCUUUGUCGACAAGUUUUAAACGAUACAUGGGUUUCAUUUCCUACUUGGUCUGAAGAAGCCACAUUCGUAACAUCCCGGAAGACCCAGUAUGAAGAGUAUAUCUAUAGGUGUGAAGAUGAAAGGUUUGAGUUAGAUCUUGUAAUCGAAUGUAAUGCUGCUACGAUAAAAGUAUUGGAUGGAGUACAAAGGAAAAUGUCGAGAAUGACCCAGGAAGAGCUGGCCAAAUUUAGGCUCGAUGACUCGUUAGGAGGCACUUCGGCUACAAUUCAUCAGAAGGCUCUCAAGAGAAUCUAUGGUGACAAGUCGGGGGAUAUUGUAGAAGGGCUUAAAAAGAAUCCAAGUGUUGCAGUCCCUAUUGUCUUGAGGAGGCUUAAAUCAAAAGAACUGGAGUGGAGGCAAGCCCAGAAGGGUUUUAAUAAAGUUUGGAGAGAUCAGAAUGAAAAGUAUUACUUAAAAUCAUUAGAUCAUCAAGGGAUUAACUUCAAGCAGAACGAUCUCAAAGCUCUGCGAUCUAAACCCCUUUACAAUGAAAUAGAAACAGCAUAUGAUGAGAGGCAGGAACGAGAUGAAAACAAAACUGGCCCUCAUAUGGUAUUGACCUAUCCGGAUAAGACUGCUCUUGACGAUGCAGCUAAUCUCUUGAUACACCACGUCAAAAGACAAACAGCUAUUCAUAAAUCUGACAAAACGAGGAUCAAACAACUUCUGCGGCAUUAUCUGCCAGAUAUGUUUCAUCAUCGGAGGCAAGAUCUUUCAGAUGAUGAACUAGACUCUGAUGAAAAAGUUGAAGUGGAUGCGAAUAGCCGAGGUACGUCACCAAACAACGUUAAAAAAGAAGCUAAUGGACCCACUAACAAAAAAGAUGAUAAAGCCGAAGUCAAAAUUGAGAAAAAAGAAGAUGAAGAUAUGGUCGGUGUAGAGUCGGAUCCCAAUGACUCAGAUGACGAUUACACCUUAUUUUAUGGAAACAACCAUUGGUACCUUUUCCUAAGGUUACAUCAUAUUCUUUGUGAACGAUUAGCAAAGAUGGCUGAGCGAUCUGCAAAAAUAGCUGAAGAAGAAAAUGCCAACAGUCAAUUCAGGAAAGAAUCGACGGCCGUCGCCCUGAGGUUGAAGCCUAAUGAACACUGCAGUGAUUGCUAUGGUACAAUGUUAGAAAUGGUAAAAUCUGUGUUGGAUUGCUCGAUGGACCCAAGCACUUACGAAGAUACCCUUCGUAACAUGUUCGGCAUCCACGCGUACAUUGGAUUCACUCUCGACAGGAUAGUAUCAUACGCAGUGAGGCAGGUACAAUCAUUAGUUACUGAAGACGUUUGCUGCGAGAUGUGGGACACGUUUCAGAAGAUGAAAGGCCAGGGUGGUGCCGGCGGCAAAUUGUCUACUGCAGAAUUGAGGGCUCAAGAAGAAGCUGUAUACCACAAGCAAGCCCUUUCCUCAUUACCCGAUUCUGCUCUUGACAACUUUUAUAAAAUUUAUAUACAUAAAAAGGAUUGUAAAGUUACCAUUGAAUUGAUGGAUACCGAAGGCGAAGAAGAGGAUACGAAACCGGCCGAAGAAGGAAAAUGGAGCCAGCAUGAUGAUGGCCCUGUUCUCAGUGCUGAGGACAGGGAGAGAUGGGGAAAAGCCGUUUUUCUCAAGAGGAAUGUGAAGGAUUGGGAAAGGAAAAACAAAGAGAAACAAAGGCUUAAGGAAAAAGAAAAGACAAAUAGUGGUGAAAACAACAAGCUUGCCGAUCAUGAUGGAAAAUGUUUACUUCAAGACGAGGACAUGGUUAUAUUCUCAUAUAAGGAUAGAUUACUAUAUAAAUCCAAAGCCCUCACCAGAGCAAGACUUAGUCAUAACAGAGUAAGCCGGCGAAUGUUGGAACGCGUUCAGAGGUGGCACGAAAGGUGGGCAAGAGAGAAUGUAAGCCCGCCGACAGAGGAGCGAAGUCGUGCAUGGUUCCUGGGAAAAGUAGAAGGGAUAAGACCCGGCCUAGUCACGACUUCAAGAUCUGAUAAUUCCCUGUCGCGGCCCCCUUACAGGCCGUACAACAGGUACUCCGUCCUGGCUAGGUAAUGCUAAUGCGCUACCAAUCAAAA